AAAGAAAAAAAGACUAUUUUUUUAUGCAGUUCUUGAUGGUCCAGUUCACUCAGCUAUUCCAGAAGUUGUUGCUAGUAGAAAAUCUCUUAGUUUCAGCUAGAUUCCAAUCCAGUAUGGGCCUCUCACAGUAUCCAACUCCAGCAGAUGCAGGAGUGCUCUGUGUUAUUCUAGUGAACACAGCCAUAUCCAUCUCCAUUGUCAAGGAGAUGGUCCGAUCGAUCCUUCAUGUGAUUGGCAUCCAUAUUGCAUCAUGGGACGAUUAUUCCAUCGAAGGCUCCUUGGACUCGUUUGAAUGUCGCAGAAGCCCAUCAGAGUCAUAUAUGGAGGAAUUCAGAAGCCAUACCCCUGCAAUUCGUUAUGAUUCAAUCUGUAUCUCUAACCAUGCUGAGAAAGAGUGCUCCGUCUGCCUGACGGAUUUUGAGCCUGAUGCAGAGAUAAACCAUCUCUCAUGUGGCCAUGUUUUCCACAAGCAUUGUUUAGAGAAGUGGCUCAAGUACUGGAAUGUAACUUGUCCACUUUGCAGGAAUUACAUGAUGUCUCAAGAAGGCGAAGAAGAUACUUGUCCUAUGUGAGGUUAGAAGUUUAUCGAGGCUAUAACACUACUAUACAUCUUGAGGAUGUCCUGGUGUACAGCUUAGUAGUGUACAGGCUGAGUACAUGCAAUGGUUGAUCUUUGACAUUGGGUAGUUCUGUAGCUUUUCGUGUUUGUAAUGCUUGGCGUCCUCUCAGAGUGACGGGUCUCUUUACUGUGACCAAGAAUUCAUACAUUCGCGUACAUAAUAUAUGGAAGAUUUUGCUAUGAUGUUUUCCAUCA